CUCAAGUUUUCUUUAUAUACUGAUUAUUUUGUCCAGCUUAUGUUUAGUGGAAGCUUUACAAAAUCCUUCAAAAAGCUAGAGCCAGAGACCCAGAAUUUGGUACUACUCUUUUUGUCCAGGCUUGCCAAUGGAUGGAGACCAAAGGGGGUCAAUUCAGUUGUUAGCAGUGAAAGCUUUACAAAGAUUUUGAAGCAAUACAAGAUUAGGAGUUACUACAUUCUUUGUUCAGUUGACAUUUAUAAGGAAUUACGGUAUAUACAAACCUUGAAGGUUUGGGAGAUACUUCCUUUACAGGAUAUUCCAAAGAUGAUUACACGAUUGGAGCACAUAUUCAAAAUGUACACUGAAGAUUAUAUCUCUCGUUGCAGCAAAAAAUGUGUUGAGGGGAAAUUAGAAGUUCCAAUGACUUGGGCUGCCUCAGAAAAUAUAGUUCAAUAUAAAAGUCUUUCAAACACUGAAACUGGGGAAUCUUCCAAUACUAGUGACUUGGAUGGAAGAUGCCUUGAGAACUCAUCGGUGCGCGAGAGCCUACUUCUGAUGAAAUUUUACUCACUGUCAUGUGGUGCUAUGAGUAAUCUGCUAUCAGGCUGUGAUGGUGAAAGUUUAGGCAUACCAUUUGAAUUAACUGAUCAAGAACGUGAUAUUGUUCUUUUCAAUAGAAGCAGCUUUAUACUUGGGAGGUCAGGAACCGGUAAAACAACAGUGCUGACUAUGAAGCUAUUUCGAAAUGAUCAGUUGUAUCAUGUUGCUUCUGAAGGAUACCAUGAAGUAAGAACAGAUCCCUCUUAUGAGGAACAGAGAAAUGAGUAUAAUAAGGGAGACAUACUGCGCCAGCUUUUUGUUACUGUCAGCCCGAAGCUGUGUUAUGCAGUGAGAGAACAGUUUUCUCAGUUAAAAAGAUCUGUGUGUGGUGGAGACUCUAUGCCUGAGUGUCACUUGGUUCAGACAGAUGCUAUUGAUGAGGCAAUGCAUUCAGCUGACAUUCAAGAUUCUUUAUAUGAGCUUCCAACAAAUUCAUACCCCCUUAUCAUAACAUUUCAGAAGUUUUUGAUGAUGCUAGACGGAACCAUUGGAAUUUCCUAUUUUGACAGAUUUCCUAUUUUGAGGCAGUCAUCUCAUAGUGCAAUGGGUAAAUCAAGAUCAGUUGCCUUGCAAACCUUUAUCAGAACAAAGGAGAUUACCUUUGAAAAAUUCGAUUCCUUGUACUGGCCACAUUUUAACAAAGAUCUCACCAGGAAACUUUGUUCUUUAACUGUGUUCACGGAAAUUAUGUCUGUUAUAAAAGGGGGUUUACAAGCAACUAAUGAUGCCGUUGGAACACUCUGUCAACAAGAAUAUGUUGCACUGUCCAGUAACCGGGGAUCCACAUUGAGCAUGGAAAAGAGGGUUCACAUAUAUAAGAUUUUUUUAGAUUAUGAAAAGAGAAAGGUUGCUAAUGGUGAAUUUGAUCAAGCAGAUUUGGUGCUUGAUCUCCACCGUCGUCUCAAAGACAAAAGAUACAAUGGCGACGAAAUCGAUUUUGUGUUCAUUGAUGAAGUACAAGACCUUUCGAUGAGACAAAUUUCUUUAUUUAAGUACAUAUGCAAAAAUGUUCAUGAUGGCUUCUCUUUUUCGGGUGAUACUGCCCAGACAAUUGCAAAGGGCAUCAAUUUUCGUUUUGAGGACAUACGGUACCUGUUCUAUAGGGACUUUUUAGGACAGGAAAAUGAGAAAGGAAAAAUUUCAAGCUUAUUCCAAUUAAGCUAUAAUUUUCGUACUCAUAUUGGUAUUCUGAAGUUGGCUCAAACUGUAAUAAAUCUUAUAUGCCACUUUUUCCCUUAUUCAAUUGAUUUUUUAAACCCAGAGACUAGUCUCAUAUCCGGAGAAUCUCCUGUUUUGCUUGAGACUGAGGGCUUGGAUGCUUUGAGAAUAUUAUUUGGAAAUCCUGGAAAUGUCAUUGCAUUUGGAGCUGAACAAGUAAUCCUUGUUCGUGAUGACCGUUUGAAGAAGGAGAUAUGUGACUCUGUGGGGAAGAAAGCUCUCGUUCUUACCAUUUUUGAAUGCAAGGGCCUUGAGUUUCAGGAUGUAUUACUCUACAAAUUUUUCAGCUCCUCACCGUUCGAAAAUGAAUGGAGGGUAAUCUAUGAAUAUAUGAACGAUAAUAAUAUGCUUGUUUCUACUGCUUCGACAUCCUUCCCGAGGUUUGACCUGGAAAAACAUGGUAUCCUGUGUUCUGAAUUGAAGCAGUUGUAUGUCGCUGUUACUCGCACUAAACAAAGACUCUGGAUUUGUGAGAACAGUAAGGACUUUUCAGGACCAAUGUUUGACUACUGGAAGAAGUUGUGUGUUGCUAAAGUUAGAAAGAUGGAUGAUUCUUUCAUAAAGGAAAUGCAAGUUGAGAGCAAUGAGGAGGACUGGAGGUCGCGCGGCAUUAAGCUAUUCCAUGAGAACAACUAUGAGAUGGCAAUGAUGUGCUUUGAAAGGGCAGGGGACCCAUUUUGGGCAAAAUUGGCCGAGGCGUCUCUAUAUCAGGCUGCUGCACGUAGGAGAGAGUCAAAUUCUGAAAUGGCACGUAAGUACCUUAAAAGGGCUGCUGAAAUUUUUGAUGCUAUUGGGAAGGCAGAAUCUGCGGCCGGGUUGUUCGUAGAGAUAGAGGAAUAUGAAAGAGCCGGGUUCAUAUAUUUAAAUAUACUUCCGGAGCCUAAGCUGGAGAAAGCAGGAGAGUGUUUUUGCCUUGGUAAAUGUUUUAGACAAGCAGCAAAAGUAUAUGCCAGUGGUGGAUUGUACUCAAAGUGCAUAUCUGCUUGCAUUUAUGGAAAACUCUUUGAGAUGGGAAUGAAGUACAUGCAGGAGUGGAGACAAACGGGGAUUCUUGUAAAAUACAAGGUAGAGAUUAAUCGAAUUGUACAAGAGUUUCUUCACAAUGGUGCUAUAUAUUACUACGAGCAGCAUGAUCAUAAAAAAAUGAUGAAAUUUGUGGAGUCGUUUGAGUCAAAAGACUCUAUUCGCCAGUUUCUAAAUGAUUUUAGAUUGCACCGAGAGUUGUUAUAUCUGGAGGAAAAAUGGGGGAAUUUCCAAGAUGCUGCUCGAAUAGCAAAGCAGAUAGGAGAUAGUCUUCUUGAAGCUGAUCUUCUUUCAAAGUGUGGGGUGUUUAAAGAAGCAUCUCUGAUAAGUUUAUGGUACGUAUUUACAGAACUUACCAGGACGACGAAAGGGAAGUAUAGUCCAUACAAUUUCAAGCAUAUAUUAGAAAAGGCCAUGUCAACUGCAAAGAGCCACUCUGAUAGUCUCUAUGACUUUGCAUGUAUGGAGGCCUCUAUUUUAUCAGCACCAAAAUCCGCUGAAGAAAUUCCGGAAGCAGGACUACAGUUUGUUCGGCACUGGAGACAAAAUGUACCUGCUCGUCUUGUGAAGACUAGUUGUGAAUUAGACAAAACGGAACAGGAACUUCUCGAAAGAUGUGCACGCCGUUAUCAUAAUCUUGAAGAUAUUGAAACAAUGAUGAAAUUCGUGGAAGAUUUUCGGUCAAUUCAGUUAAUGCGUACCUUCUUGAAGACUGUGAAUCGUGUUCAUCAGCUUAUCUUGUUAGAAGAGAGAAAUGGAAACUUUCUGGAAGCAGCUGAAAUAGCUGAACUGACAGGAGAUGUUCUUUGGAAAUCUGAUCUUUUUCGAAAAGCUGGAUAUUUUGAAGAAGCAUCUUUGCUCAUUCUUUGGUAUGUGUUUGCGGAAUCUUCUUGGGCUGUAGGAAACAGAGCCUGGCCAUUGAGACAGUUUGCUCAAAAACGAGAGCUUCUGGACAAAGCAAAACAAAUAGCGUCAAACCAUUCUGAUCAGUUUCAUUUGUUUGUGUGCUCAGAGGCAAAUAUUUUGUCAAAUGAUGAAUUAAGCCUGUCUGAGAUGGGACAUUAUCUAUAUGCCUCCCCUGUCCAAAAAUCCCUUAGAAGUAAAGUUCUGGCUAGUAGGAGAGCUCUAGAUGCUCAUAUGAUUUCAUUGCCAUCAGCGUAUGAGUGGAAUGGUGAAUUGUUGAACAAUUUGGGAGAGAACGUUGAAGACAGGAUUGUUCGAAACCAGGUUUCUAUAGAGACUUUGGUAUUCUUAUGGAACUACUGGAAGGAUCAUAUCUUGGAGUUGAUUCAACAUCUCUGUUGUGAGGCUGGCCAGGACUCCGCAUUGGAGGAUUAUAUUUUGAAUUUGUUUGGUGUACGGAGGAAAUGUUGCAACCAAGAAAUUGUUUAUGUUAUUCUCAACUCUGAUGCAAUGUGGGUGAGAGAGAUUAAUUCCACUUCAUUAAGUAGAACAGGGGAUUCAGUUUGUAUUGCCCUUCACAAUUUUGUCCCUGCUGCUCUGAAUCAUCUUGCUUCUGAGUUGUUAUCUGUUGGUAUACAGGUGUUAGAUAAGCUCAGUCUUCUGUAUACUUAUUGUCAGAACAUUUCUCUCUCUGUCUUUUCUCAGAGUUCAUGCUUAGUUCAUAUGUUAAAGAUUGCAAAAUUUCUUGGAAACCACAAAUUUCCCAACUGCGAGUAUCUUGACAAAAGCAUGGUGCAUAAAUAUCUAAAUCUAUCAUCUGAAAAGUUAUACGACAUUGUAUUUCAUAUUGACUGUAAGAAAUCAUUGUCGAAAGAGAUGAUCACGUUCAGGAGAAGAGCAGAAGCUACUUCUGGUCUUAUCUCUUUUAUGAAUGCACAUACAAUUAGGCAGAUGGGAAACCUGGUAAUGCUGAUGCUAGGAUCUGGUAAAUACAGUUUACACUUGAAUGACAAUAUCAUGAAAUUCAUUGCAAGAAAUCAACGUUGGAAAGAAUUAGUCGAGGAAAUCAGUCAGAUUAGGUCAGGUCCUAACUCGUGCAUCAGUGAUUUAAAUGAUAUGUCAAGAGGAGUUUCUGUGGCUUCCUGUAUCUUUGCUGUGCUGAAGGAGUUUACUUGUGGUGAUUGGAGAUCGAAACCGGCUUCUGUAUUACCAACAAGUUUAUUGUAUCUUGCUGAGCGUCUUCUUGUAAUGGUUUCUUACUUCCAGGGUCACUUUUUUGUGACAAAGUCGGCAUGUGUAGAAUGGCUUAUGUAUGAAAGAUGGAAUGUUGGUUCAAGUCCCAUGGAACUGCAAGUGGUUUUUGAUGAUGUUCAUAAUGUUAUAGCCUCCCAAAUUGAGAUUCUGCUACUGAAUAAAAAUGAAACAUUGCUAUGGCUCGAAAAGUUGAAUUGCAACUUGGAGGAGUACUAUAGCCUAUUGGUUUUGAGGCUUAUGGUUUUAUUGUGCUUAAUUUGUGUGAAUUCUGGAAAGCAUUUUGAAAAGCUUUUUAGUUUGUUGGACAGAAAGGAAAUACGUUCUGAAUUGCCUGCGGAGUUUUGCAAUGCCCUUGGGAGGAGGAAUUGUUAUUUUAUUGAUGCUCUGUCUCAUGCUUUUGUAAGAAUUGAGAAUCCGCUGGUGAUUGUGAGUUUGGUGGGGAAUGUUGAGGACUGUUCAUGCUCAAGUGCAAUAUUUUUGAACAAGAAGAAGCUCAGUCAAAAUGAUUUGGUAUCCGAACUGUUUCAAGAUACGUGUGACACUAGUACAAUACAUGAUCAUAUUGAAGGAGAUGACAUGGGCAGGCCGUAUGGUCUUAUCUGGGAGAUAUUUUUUCAACUGGUAACACUAAACGAAGAAACUGGUAACCUAAUGCAAUUUAUGUCCAAAGCCCCAGUUGUUAAGGUGGAAGUGGAGAAACUUUCAAGCCUCUUAUCGCAUACAAUAGCGUCCUCUCAUGGGGCUAGCGGGUUCAAGAAUGAGGAAGACCUGUUUAUAGAAGCAAACGCGAUGGUAGAAGAGCUAAACCAACUCUCAUAUGCACUGGAUAUAAGGAAUCUCUGCGAGGAAAACAUACAGACAGUGGUGAUGAUUUCAAAACAGCUGCAAUCAAGGAGACCGAAGUUGGAGCCUUUCUUGGAUCAUCUUUUCAUGCAAAUGCAUCAGGAAAACAUGCACAAUUGAUUUUGUGACUAAUUUCUCAUUUUGUGGCCAUGCAACAAAAUAGAUGUGCCGAAUCUGCAUUAAGUUGAACUUGAACAAAUGAUGUUAAAUUUAGAGAGCUACUAGUUAAGUGUUUGUUUAGCAGCAGGUCCAAGAUUAAAACCAUGCUAAUGGCACACUGUAAAUAGCCGGAUUGUAGUCUGUACAGGAUAACCAAAUUUACAUCCUUUUU